AGCAUGAAGUGAUUUCGAAAUCACCAACUUUUAAUUUGUCGGAUGGCGCGCGUUAUGACGCAGUCCGUGGCCGUAGGUCAGUCACUUAUUUUCACACCUUCUGCAGGUUACUCAGUAGAUUUCUCCGUUUCCAGCAGAUUUUGAAGAACGCUGAUUCCAAUGUUGCCGGUUGUGGUAGUUCAUGGAGGUGCUGGUCAAAUUCCCAACGAACGAGCUGAGGCUUCCUGUGCCGGAGUGCGAGAAGCAGCAAGGAAGGGAUAUGAAAUUCUGAUGUCUGGAGGCAGUGCCAUGGAUGCUGUGGUAGAAGCCGUUGCCAUGAUGGAAAAUAACCCAUUAUAUAAUGCAGGUCGAGGCUCAGUGUUGAAUUGGAAGGGAGAAGUGGAGAUGGAUGCUCUGGUGAUGGAUGGGUGCACAUUGGCUUGUGGUGCCGUGUCUGCAGUCAGGAGAGUGGCCAACCCCAUUUAUCUGGCUAGGCUAGUCAUGGACAAGACUAGUCAUGUGUGUCUGACAGGUGAAGGGGCUUUCAAGUUUGCCAGGGCAAUGGGGAUUCCUGAAGUGCCUGAGGAGUCUCUGAUCACAGAAUAUGCCAGGAAGCGCUGGAAGGACAACCUGAAUCCAGAGGCUGACCAUGUGCAAAAUCAGAUGGGUAAGAUGGGCACAGUUGGGGCAGUAGCUGUGGACAUGCAAGGAAAUGUCACUGCUGCUACCUCUACAGGGGGCAUGCUAAACAAGAUGGAGGGUCGUGUGGGAGACACUCCAUGUGUUGGGUGUGGAGGCUAUGCAGAUAAUCAGUUUGGGGCUGUAUCACCUACUGGUCAUGGAGAAGCCAUCAUGAAAGUCACUCUCUCCAGGCUUAUUCUCUUCUACAUGGAGCAAGGAAAAAGCCCUGAGGAAGCAAGUGACAUGGCUCUAACCUUCAUGUUGGAACGAGUCAGUGGACUGGGUGGAGUGGUGGUUGUUAACCCUAAAGGGACCUGGGCAGCUCGCUUCAACAGCAAACAGAUGGCAUGGGCUGCGGUACAGCAGGAAAAACUCCACCACGGCUUGUAUCAGGAGAGAAUUUUACCGAGCCUGUAUAGUAGCCACCAGGCUGACUGCUAGACUUCAUGACACAUGCAUAUUCUCUUAACCUGUUAUUUGCACUAGAUAAAAGUUCCACCUGCUGGCCAUAAUCAUCUACUGUAUACAAGAUAAAAGUUAAUCAAUAAAUGAUAAUAAAUAAGUUAAUUAAUUUAACAGAUUUUAGAUGAUUUGUUAUGUUGGACUAUAUUACUGUUGGAAUGGACUCAUCCACCAGAGGGAGAUGAGAGCCAUAUCUGGAGAAAAUGUCUAAAUGCUUGCUCCCUAUUUUUCCUUUCUAUUCUAUUAAAAACGUUUUUUAAUCUAUGCUGCUUAAUAGAUAUACAGUAUAUCAUUUAUUUGUCCACUAAUAAAAUACAGUCUUCUGUUAUGCAAAA